AUGGCGGCUGUACAAGUCUUCCCCGAGGAGAAUGUGGACAAGGUGGAGGAGUUCACACGCGUGCGAGUGAACGGCAAAGAUCUGAAUUUGACCCUGCUAAUGCAAGCCGAUGAGCUCGCCCCAUUGUUCUCCGGUGCCGCUUGGGCGGGUACGCUGCUGUGGGAUGCCGCCGUGCACUUGGCCCGUCGUUUCCUGACGGAUUAUCGCCAGCAACUCGAAGAUCCGAGCAAUUCGCUGCGUGUCAUCGAACUGGGCGCUGGAAUCGGCGUGCCGGGUAUGGCAGCGCGAGUUGCAGGUGCUAAGCACGUGAUCCUAACGGAACAGGACGAGCUGUUGCGACUGAUGCACGUCAACCUGGCUGCCAACGCGGAGGUCCUGAAUCUUCCAAACGGCGAGGAAGAUGGCGACGAGAAAGGAGGGAUCGUAGCGAGACCAUUGAGCUGGGGCGUGCAGCAGACGAACGAGUAUUUGGCUCAAUAUCCCGACGAGAAGGUGGACGUGGUGCUGUCGUGCGACUGCAUCUACGAGCCGCUGUACGGCACGUCGUGGCGCGCACUGGCGCAGACAAUGGAGCUGCUGUGCUUAGCGUACCCGAAGUGCAUUGUCCUCAUGGGCGUCGAGCGGCGUAACCAGGACGGCAUCGACAAGUUCUUGGCGUUCGUGGAUACAGACACCAAACUGCAGUACAGACUGGACGAGCAAACUUUCGGCACCAACAAGAAUCGAUUAGAGGUGUAUUAUCUAGGUCUGGAGACAGAAUUAAGAGACUAG